CUCGCUCUGUCUCCCGUCUCUGUCUCACACGGAUUAACCGUGUCUCGAACCCCCCGUGGCGCCUUUCCGCCCCCGGUCGCCGGUGGUUUUCGGCCCGUGUCUGUGCUUCCUCUCCUCGCGGCCCCCCCUCCUCCCUGCUGGGUCGUCCACUCCGCCCGUCCAGCUGAUCGUUGUGUUCUGGAAGCCGUUCCGACCCGGACGGAUCGGGUUCGAGUCCAGCUCGGGACGGAUCGGGUCCGAGUCCAGCUCCGCCCAGACGUCUGGACUUUAAUUUUUUUUUUUUUUUAUUUUUUUUAGGUCGUUUCUUUUCAUCCCUGUUUUCCCCCAAACUUCUCCGCCGCUGGAUGUUUUUUCCCUGGCUCGUCGAGCAGGCCCCGGACCUUCCUGUUGUCUUUCUUUGAGUCAUGGGAGACAGCAGCGAGCGGAGCGAAGCCCCGAGCCAGCGGAGCGAAGCUCCGGGCCUGCCGCCGCGCUGCUCCUGCGGCUUCUGGGGGUCCAGUAAAACCAUGAAUCUCUGCUCCAAAUGCUUCGCCGACGUCCAGAAGAAGCAGCCGGGGGACGACUGCCCCUCCCCCCCCUCCCCUCCCCUCCAGAGCAGCAGCAGCCAAUCAGCCGUCUUCGAGACGAGCAGUAGCAGUAGCCAAUCGCGGUCGUCGUCUCCGCCGCCCGAGCAGCCAUCAGCCGACGAGCCGUCGCCGGCGUUCAUGAGAGAAGAAACAGAAACAGCUCGGGGAACUCUGUGCACGCCCACAAAACGUCUCAGAGACGCAGACUCGGGUUCGGAGAGCGAGGCGACGCCGGAGAAGCGUGCGCGUUCGGAGGACAAAGAUGGCGCCGUGUCGGCGAAGCAGAAAAACCGCCGGCGAUGUUUUCGCUGUCAAACCAAACUGGAGCUCGUCCAGCAGGAGCUGGGGAGCUGCCGCUGUGGCUUCGUCUUCUGCAUGCGGCACCGCCUACCGGAGCAGCACGACUGCCUGUUCGACCACCUGGGCCGCGGCCGCGAGGAGGCCGUCCUCAAGAUGGUGAAGCUGGACCGCAAGGUGGGCCGCUCCUGCCAGCGAAUCGGAGAGGAGUGCUCCUGAUCGGCCCCGCCCACUCCGGGCACCACGGCCAAUCGCAGAGCAGGAGCUCAGGAACGGGGAAUCGGAGCUGCUGUUUGGACUCUGACGGGCAUGGGAAAGGGACAGUGACACACACACACACACACACACACACACACACACACACACACACACACACGCACACGUUCUCUGAGCCCCGCCCACUUCAACUCUUCUGGAUUUUUUUACUCCACUGGUUGCUUUGUUUUGGGAGUUCAAACUGUAGCUCCGCCUUCUUCCUCUCAGCUCCACCUGCAGCAUCACUGACUGGCUCCCGGUCAUAAGCCCCGCCCCCUCCCCCCAGGUCGACUGGCUGCCCGAGGACACAGCCGCUCUCUGCCUCGCUCACACGGACUGACGUGGACAUAAAGGAACUGUUGAGAAGUCACUGAUGGACCAGAACAAACCCUCUGUAGCAGACCCCGCCCACGCCCCGCCCACCCACACCCCCACCCACUCAUGGUACCGCGGUUAUUUUGCUUCCACGCAUCAUAAACGGGAAAAUGAUUUUUUUUUUUUUUUUUUUUUUUUUUGUAAUUGCGGCGUAAUUCUAAUUUGUGCCACCGAAAGGCGCACUAAUCACCCCUGUGCUAACCAGCUAGCUUGUCCAGUUUGUCCUAUAGGUUAAGUAUUUAAAUAUUUGCAGGUUGUGGAGUUAGCUCAAUGCUAAACCAACAUGCUAAUGAGGUGAACUGUCAACCAUGCUGGCACUUAGUCUGUCAUCACUGCCAAUACCGACGCUAGCAGGCUAACAGCUACAAACUGGAUGCUACAGCUCAGUUUAAAGGCACAGUAACAGGUAAGGGAGGCCCUGGUGUUAGCAGGCCAACUAGCAAACAUUCACAAAUUGUUUCAUUCCUCAGUCCAGCUAAACACGACAAAAUGCUCGUCUUACAGAAGCAAGCGAACAUUUACGUUGCUUGUAGCAUCUAGUCUGAACGAGAAGGCGCUAACAAAAAUGGUGGGUGGGUGCUAACGCUAAAGCUAACAAAGAGAGGUGGAUCUUAAGCUGCUGUUAGCCAGAGCUAACACCACCUGGUGGUACAAAGUGGUACCGCAGGAUGUUACAUCAGCAGUCCCACAAUAAAAACCUGCGUCUAAUUAUUUUGACAGAUUUGAUCAUAAUAUCUCUAGUCAUUUUAUUCAGUUCGAAUCGCCCCACACGCUAGCUAGCAUGGAGGCGUUGGACUGUGUGCUGUGCAUAUUGUUCAUCCUUUCUUCCUGUUUAUGGGGGGCGGGGCUUAUUCCACUUGGAUCAACUUCUGUUUGCUGAAGUUGGAAUUAUAAUGUAUUGGAUUUGGACGUUAAAGAAAACACUGUGGGAUUUUUGUAAUACCUCUUCUGUGCUCCAGGAGGCAGCAUCGAGUCUGUUCAGUCAAGCUAUGGUUCUUCUGUUAAUGUUCUGAAUGAAGUGACUCAAUGCGCCAUCUGCUGGUUGAAAACAGUAUAGCAGGCAGUACAACAGGACUUACUGUUCAUUUCAGGAGAGUUUCAGAUCAUUAUCCUGUAUUUAUUAGAAAAUAUUCUCCAUGAAGCGUAUUGCAUUCACAUGAAAAAAGACAUACUGGCUCUUACUUUUUUAAAUUGAUAAAAUGAUCUUGUGAUUGCAAGAAAAAAAAAUUGACAAGAAAAAAACAUUUUUUUCUGAGUUGUCAAGAUCAUCGUCUUGUCAAUUGACAGUAAAAAAUUAAAAGUAGCUGUUUUUUUUAAUUAAUCAUAAAUAAUCUCUAGAAAUGGUUUCAAGAAAAAUAAAGUUCUGAGUUCAAAAGAAUCUAAUUGUGAGCUUAUCAUCUCAUUUGUACAGAAAAGCAGCUACAGUUUUCAUUAUUGUUUUUGUCUUCUAAUUGUGAGAUUAUUUUCUCAUGAUUCAGAAAAAUAGUGAUUUAAGUUUUUUCAUUGUUUUUUCAUGUGAAUCCAGUACUCUUUCAUACUUUGUUCUCAGAUUAAGGUUUUGCGAUGUCAGAUGGAAUCUGUUCUUCUCCUGGUUCUCCCGGGCGGCAGCAGCGAGUCUUGGCUUCAUUCACAGAGCAUUGGAGAGUUGUCGCAGCGCCACCGCUGCACCACCUGCUGGAUCAACGUGGUAUUACAGCCCCGGCCUGGCUAGCUGGUUAGCAUCUUCACUUCGGGCGGAAUCUUUUAACGCGUUAGCUUGACCAAGAAGUUGAUUCCUGUGGAAACUAUGCUGACGCUCAUGCACCGCCCCUCGACCCGUCUGGCCCCUCCCCCUCCCGUCUGCUCCAAUGAGAACGCAGCUAAGGAGAAAACUGAAAAAAUAAAAGGUGGCUGGUUCUUCUUUUGAUAAUUUUCAUUUUCGAGUGCUAACUAGAACAGUGGAACAUCUUUGUGUACGACGUUCUUUAACCUGGUUUUGAGUUUACUUACCUGCUAGCAUAGCGUGGCAUAUUUAGUUGGGUGUUCGACGAAGCGAGAACACGACGCUGUCCUGUUUUCUCCUUGAUUCAUUUUGAUCGUGUUCCGUUUUCUGCCGAGGAAAUAAAAACUGGAUUAGACGUGA